AUGAAAUCCCUAAACAAACAAAUAAAGAAUCUUCGUCUAUUACCCCGUCGAUUACGGACCGUGCCAAACUUUUUAGCAAACUAUUCCUGGAAUCAGCAAGGGAAUACUUUUUUUGGAAAAAAUAAAACGAGAGGAAAAAAGUUGCCUGCAAGUGGGCGAACGUACACCUAUACGGCUUGCACAGAGAAUGGCUGGUGUGAUGAAAGAUUUUUUGAACAAGUAGCACUACAAAAACUUGCACAAGCAAAGGUCGUGAGCGAGCAUGGGAUUCUAAACGCUGAAUCCUUGGAGAUGCAGGCUGAACUACUCCAGCGACGUCCGACCCAUCUUCGUUAUUCUCCCCCUUACAAUCCUGCAAAGUUUGCUUCUGUGCUGAUACCUCUAAUUAAUUACGAGCAUCGGGCUUGUCUAUUGUUAACUCUGAGAUCUUCAUAUUUACGAUCUCAUGCAGGUCAAAUGUGUUUCCCGGGUGGUCGAGUAGAACCCUCUGAUGGAUCACAUUAUUAUGCAGCUUUACGAGAGACUUAUGAAGAAAUUGACCUGCUUCCAGAUUUUUUUACUUUGGUAAACAGAAUCCCUUCUUUGUUUACAAAAGACCUUCGUACCAAAAUCCAUCCUUAUGUGGCUUUUACGAUCCAAAACAAUCUUCCUAGUCUUGGUUUUGGUGAAGUGGAUAAAGUAUAUUGCAUUCCUUUGACCUCCUUUUUAAAUCCAAAUUACCAAAAGGUUACUAAAUUUCGAAACACCGAUCUUGAAUACAUUGAAUUCAACAUCAAGGAUGUUCCUCGAAUUUGGGGUAUUACGGCAGUUCUUUUAAAUAUGUACUUUCACUCUCUUUGCCCGGAUUCUUUGAUACCUACUUCUAAUACUCUUAUUUCAAUCUGCUAG